AUGUCUUCUCCUACUGAGAUCAAAUGGAUCAAUGCACGUCCCGACGACUUUCAUCACCAUCUACGAGACGGCGAUGAUGCUUUAAGAUGCACUGUAUCACACGUGGCAUCACAGUUCGCACGUUGCAUUGUUAUGCCAAAUCUUGUACCACCUGUCACCACGACACAGCAAGCACUGGCUUACCGUGCACGUAUCAUGGCUCACGUUCCAGAACUUAAACGUGACCCUAAUAGUCCAAUUGGUUUCGAGCCAUUAAUGACACUCUACAUGACGGACGGCACAACCGCCGACGAAAUCCAUCGCGCCGCCGCGACCGGAAUGAUCUUUGCUGUCAAGCUUUAUCCUGCUGGUGCCACUACGAAUUCGGACUCGGGUGUAACGAAAAUUCACAACAUUUACCCAGCACUUAAAGCUAUGGCUGACGUCGGCAUGCCAUUGCUGGUCCACGGUGAAGUGACAGACCCGACUAUCGACGUUUUUGAUCGUGAAGCCACGUUUGUGGAGCAAGUAAUUAAGCCACUUGUGGCUGAUUUUCCACAGCUAAAAAUUGUUAUGGAGCACAUCACAACCAAAGAAGCGGCUGAAUUUGUCUUGACAGCACCAGCAAAUGUCGCGGCAACCAUCACACCACAGCACUUGUUGUACAACCGCAAUGCCAUUUUCCAGGGAGGUUUACGCCCACAUAAAUACUGUUUGCCAGUCCUGAAACGCGAGAUACAUCGACAAGCUUUGCUUCAAGCUAUUGCUAGUGGAAGUACCAAGUUUUUUCUAGGGACAGACAGCGCUCCACAUGUAGCUGCGAAGAAAGAGUCAAGCUGCGGGUGCGCUGGUAUUUACUCGGCUCACGCAGCUCUAGAAUUGUACGCCGAAGCCUUCGAGUCAAUCGGCAAGCUAGAGUUGUUCCGUGCAUUUGCAUGCGAGAACGGAGCUGAUUUUUAUGGGCUAAAACGAAACACAGUGGGCAAAACAGUUUUACGCAAGCAAGAGUGGAAGGUGCCGGACAGCUAUCCAUUCCAAAAUGACGUUGUGGUUCCGCUGAAGGCUGGAGAAAUUAUAAGCUGGAAAUUGCAGGAGUAA